AUGGACAAAAGUUGGAUGAAUAUCCAUGAUAGGCUUAGAUCAACUCAAUAUGCUGAAGGGGUUGAGCAAUUCCUCACAUUGGCACGAAACCACGUAGCCGGAAGUGACCACAUUCGCUGUCCAUGCCGUGUUUGUGGUAAUAACAUUUGGUUACCUAUAAGUGAAGUGGAAACUCACUUGUUCAUUAAAGGGAUUAAUCCUAACUACACGGAGUGGAUAUUUCACGGGGAGGAGGAAGUAUGGAAUGUGACUGAUGAUGAGGACAAUAUUGAGGCCGUUAGUGAUGAAGCAGAAUACGUCGAUGACAUGGAUGAGAUGUUAGAUGACUUCAGGGCUGGGACAUUCGGUGAAGGAACUUCGGGCAGCCCCAUCCAUGAUGGCCCAAGUCCCAUACCUAACAUGAAUCAAAGCGACGCCUACGAGAAACUAUUAAAUGAUGCCAGACAACCACUCUUUGAGGGUUGUGCACAUUUUUCCCAACUCUCCUUCAUUGUGAAGUUGCUUCAUAUUAAAACAAUUGGGGGAUGGUCAAUAAAAUCAUUUGACAUGUUACUUGAGUUGUUGAGGUCUGCAUUUCCUAAUGUUGUCUUGCCACGCUCAUACCAGCAGUCACGAUCAUUGCAGCGUGGUUUGGGCUUUACAUACACCAAGAUUCAUGCUUGUCGUAACGACUGCAUAUUAUUCUGGAGGGAACAUUCGAACCUAAAUGAGUGCCCUAAAUGUGGGGCUUCACGGUGGAUGUCAACCACACACAACAAUCGCCCAAUCCCUCAGAAGGUCCUACGUCAUUUCCCUUUGAAGCCAAGGUUACAACGGCUAUUCAUGUCACGGAAAACAGCUUCUGAUAUGAGAUGGCAUAAAGAACAACGAACAGAUGAUGAAAUCAAUAUGAGGCAUCCGGCUGAUUCUGAGGUUUGGAAGGCAUUUGAUAAGGAGCAUAGUUGGUUUGCCCAGGAUUCUCGAAAUGUCCGACUGGGUCUAGCAAGUGAUGGAUUCAACCCUUUCAACAAUAUGUCUAAACCAUAUAGUAUAUGGCCAGUGAUCCUCGUUCCAUAUAACUUGCCUCCAUGGUUAUGCAUGAAAGAUGCCUACUUUAUGACGUCUCUUAUUAUUCCUGGUCCAAAAUCACCGGGGAAUGAAAUAGAUGUCUACUUGCAGCCUUUGGUAGAUGAGUUGAACGAUCUUUGGGAAAAUGGGGUUGCUACAUACGAUGCCUCCACCAAAACUAAUUUCUUACUUCAUGCAGCUUUAUUGUGGACAAUUAAUGACUUUCCAGCAUAUGGUAACCUUUCCGGGUGGUCAACCAAAGGGAAAUUGGCUUGUCCGACGUGCAACCUAGGCACAGAUUCUAUGUGGUUGACCUACGGCCGAAAGCAUACAUAUAUGGGUCAUCGUCGAUUUUUACCACCUGAUCACAUAUGGAGAACUAAAAAACGUGUGUUCAAUGGUAGAGAAGAUCAUCGCUCACCACCACUUUCUCUAACGGGAUCAGAGGUUAUCAAUCAACUAUCUUGUCUUCGACAUGUGCACUUUGGGAAGGGUGUGAAGAAGCGCAAACGUACACCGGAGGAAUUGAAUUGGACAAAAAUGAGCAUAUUCUUCACUUUGCCAUAUUGGUCAACAAUUAAGCUUCGACAUAAUCUGGACGUUAUGCACAUCGAGAAGAACAUUUGCGACAACAUAUUGGGCACAUUAAUUAACAUUCCUAGUAAAACAAAAGAUAAUAUCAAUUCACGCCGUGACCUGGCCAACCUUGGUAUCAGAAAUGAAUUGCAUUUGAUCCACGAUGGAGAGCGGUGUAGUAUGCCACAUGCAUGUUUCACAUUAUAUAAAGAUGAAAGGAAAAGUUUUUGUGAGUGGAUGUCGAAGGUGAAAUUUCCUGAUGGCUUCGCUUCGAAUAUCGCCAAAUGCGUGUCUGUACAUGAUUGCAAAAUCUCAGGGUUGAAAUCGCAUGAUUGUCAUGUUUUUAUGCAAAGACUCCUUCCUGUUGCAAUUGGUGGGUACUUAAGGAAUGAUAUUAGCUUGGCGUUGAUUGAGCUUAGCAAUUUCUUCAAAGAGUUGUGCGCAAGAACACUUGACGUGAGCCUAUUGAUGCAACUUGAGAGUGAUAUCGUGGUCAUUCUAUGCAAGUUUGAGAUGAUCUUUCCCCCAUCAUUCUUCGAUGUUAUGGUCCACCUAGCAGUUCAUUUACCUCGUGAAGCUUUGCUUGCUGGCCCAGUGCAAUAUAGGUGGAUGUACCCUUUUGAGAGGUAUCUCGGUAAAUUCAAGCGGUAUGUCAAGAAUAAAGCACGCCCUGAAGGAUCAAUAGCUGAAGCAUACAUUCACAUAGAAUGUUUGACAUUUUGCUCGAUUGAACACUACAACAUUUGUAAGCUAAACAGCCCACAUGCUCCCGAUCGUAACCAUGAGAAACAUUUUCCAGCAUGGUUGAAGCAACGUGUUCAAGAACAACGAACAACCGAACCUAGUGAGGUCUCUGAUGAUCUAUAUGCAUUAGCGUGUGGUCCUGAUCCACGGGUUGCAUCGUAUGCAGCCUGCAUAGUGAAUGGAAAAAGGUUCCACACAAGGGAUCGUGAACAACGUCGGCGAACUCAAAAUUGUGGUGUGUUCGUAAAUGGGGAACAUCAAUCUAACUCGGUAGAGUUCUACGGUGUUAUAAAUGAUGUUGUCGAGUUACAUUAUAUGGGAUGGCGUCGGGUAUAUUUGUUCAAAUGUCAAUGGUUUGAUGUUGGUGAUCGGAGAAGAGGAAUACGAGUAGAUAACCAUAUGACUAGUGUCAAUAUGGACCGAACAUGGUAUAAGGAAGAACCUUUUGUUUUAGCGUGCCAAGCUUCACAAUGCUUUUACUUAAAAGAUCCAAGGGUGAAAGGAAAUUGGUAUGUUGUACAGAAUUUCAUAGACCGGAAUGUGUAUGACUUGCCACCAGGGCCUCUCUCCGAGGACCAUGAUCCGAACCCAAACAGUGGUGAUGCAUACCAAGAGGAUGAGUCCGCUAAUGUUUACACAACUGUUGAGUGUGCUGAUGUUGGUGUGGCAACUCCACUAAAUAGGAGUGACAUAGAACCAAGCCCCAUCGAUGACCCAGUGAUAAUCGUUGACAUUAAUCAUGAUGACCUCGCAGGAGAAUUUAUCAAUGACGAAGAUGCUGAGGAAAGUGAAGAAGAUAGUUGUGGCAGUGAUGAAGAUUCAGAUGACAAAGAUUCAGAUGAUGAUGAUGAAGAUUCAGGGUGA